GAUUAAACAACUGAGAAAUAUCUGGACUUUCAAUUGGUGCAAAAUCUAAGUCAACUAGCCAAUUCAUAGUCAGGAAAAAAACACUUGUAAUAGUACCAUUCUCUCUUACUCACACACACAGAUUUGUCUUUGGUGCUCCUCUUCAGGAAGGGCCAACAUGGAAAAUCUUUCUUUCAUCAUUGGAGUCAUAGAAUAAGACUGCCAUCCUAGUUGGGGUUCUGAAUGUGGCCACUUUAGCAACAAUUCUAUUGCUGGUGCAGUUUCUCUUAUAUGGUAAAAUGAGAAUUAAAGCUAUUGGUUUCCUCACCGCAGGUCUAAACAUCAUCAUGUAUGGCUCCCCUUUAGGUGUUAUGAAAACAGUGGUGACAACCAAGAGUGUAGAGUUUAUGCCAUUUUAUCUAUCGUUUUUCCUUUUCUUAAAUGGUGGCGCUUGGACUUUGUACCCAGUACUUCUUCGUGACUGGUUUAUUGGGGUACCAAAUGGAACGGGAUGGUUUCUGGGAGCGGUGCAACUGGUUAUAUACGCCAUUUAUCGAAAUCCUAAAUCUUCCACCUCAACUCAAUAGUACUGAAUUAUUACAACAUAAUUAUAUGUUGAAGCAAAGAGAUGAUGGUGAUCAAUUAUAUCAAUGAAUAUAACUUGUAUGUCAUUAAGUUCAUUUAAAUAUGCUGUGAGUUGAAGUGUCACGGCCACCUGAUAAUAGUUGGCUUUUUAUUGAGGUAUAUAGUAAUAUGUAUUAUUUCAUUUGAUCUGAUAUUAUGUGAAAUUGUCUCUUGGUAUAUCUCAAAAAGACACACAAUUGUACAUAUUUGUCCUGAAGUAUUCAAAGUGUGAUGGAUUUGUGUUUUUU